CAAUGAUCUAAACAACACCGCAACAACUACUGAUAAACAAUAAGACCGUAACACAAAAUAAGUAAAUUCUACCCUAAAGGGAACCCUACUGUAUAUCACAGUAACACCAGGAUAACACCUGGAAUUUAAUUUUAGGGUUAACGGCAUCAGUGGAUCAAACGUAUCGAUAACCUAAGAAGAUUUACUAUUCCAUACUUCAGACAGUGCUCAUUGCGGAUUGUCGUGGAUAAUAACCAUAUACAUCAUGGAAAGAGGUGCGCGAGCAUGGUCCUGGUACGCAGACUCGACUAAACUGGGGGAAGUGACGUCACGAGGUGAUGUUCCUGCUCCACUGAGCGUAGAGGAGAGGAGAGGAGAGAAGAGAAGGCCUGUGAGUGAGAGCUGGCGAUCGGAAGCAAGCAAGGAACUGAGUUCUAGAAUCCGCCGCCAUCUAACAAUUUGGAACAAAUAGUGAUGAUGAAACUUACAGGAGCAUAAUCUACAGACUCUAAGCUUUCAGUCAAGUAUAAUUUUGUGGCGUUUUAGUCGCUGAUACUUUAGAAAAGUGAUGGUGAAAAGUGCAGUCCGUCGGAGGGAUCCGGAUUCUUCUGAGAGAUUCGGGAGGGUUGGAGUCGCUUAAACUGCUUAAAACCGCUUGUUGUUGAAAAACUGGUUAAUAAAUAGCAGUUUGUGUUAGGUGACGGGUUGCUCUAGUUUGCAUUCAUUUAAAUUAAAUAGCUAUCUUGCUAGCUAGGAGAAAAUUGGCAUAAAAAUGGAGCUUCGAGUUGGAGACAAAUACAGACUGGGCAGGAAAAUUGGAAGUGGAUCUUUUGGUGACAUUUAUUUGGGCACAGACAUAGCAGUUAAGGAAGAGGUGGCCAUUAAGCUAGAAUGUGUGAAGACCAAGCAUCCUCAGCUUCACAUCGAGAGCAAGAUCUACAAGAUGAUGCAGGGAGGAGUCGGAAUCCCGACAAUAAAGUGGUGUGGGGCAGAGGGUGACUAUAACGUGAUGGUGAUGGAGCUGCUGGGCCCCAGUCUGGAAGAUCUUUUCAAUUUUUGCUCGAGGAAAUUUAGCCUCAAGACUGUUCUACUGCUUGCUGACCAGAUGAUCAGCCGCAUAGAGUACAUCCACUCCAAGAACUUCAUCCACAGAGACGUGAAGCCUGAUAACUUCCUAAUGGGACUUGGCAAGAAAGGCAACCUGGUCUACAUCAUUGACUUUGGCUUAGCCAAGAAGUAUCGGGAUGCCCGCACACACCAGCACAUUCCCUACCGAGAGAACAAGAACCUUACCGGCACAGCCCGAUAUGCUUCAAUCAACACACAUCUGGGCAUAGAGCAGUCUCGGCGUGAUGACCUGGAAUCUUUGGGAUACGUGUUGAUGUAUUUUAACCUGGGUUCACUGCCAUGGCAGGGACUGAAAGCUGCCACUAAGCGACAGAAGUACGAACGUAUCAGCGAAAAGAAAAUGUCAACUCCUAUUGAAGUGCUCUGCAAGGGCUACCCCUCCGAAUUUGCCACAUACCUCAACUUUUGCCGCUCUCUGCGCUUCGAUGACAAGCCUGAUUACUCCUAUUUGAGGCAGCUUUUCAGGAACCUGUUUCACAGACAAGGCUUUUCAUAUGACUACAUCUUCGAUUGGAACAUGCUCAAAUUUGGUCCUAACCGUGCAGCGGAGGAGGCAGCGAGGGAUCGAAGGGAUCGAGAAGAGAGACGAAGGAACAGCAGGAAUCCUGCCGCUAGUGGCAUCCCUUCUGCGUCUGGCAGGCCCCGUGCCGUGCAAGAUGGUGCACCCCCGACGCCCCUUACUCCCACAUCACACACAGCAAACACAUCCUCACCACGUCCUGUAACUGGUAUGGAGCGAGAAAGGAAGGUGAGCAUGCGACUGCAUCGUGGAGCACCUGUUAACAUCUCCUCGUCAGACCUGACAGGACAACAAGACACCUCCCGCAUGUCCACGUCACAGAAUAGCAUUGCCUUCGAUCAUCACGGCAAGUAGUUGCUCACCAUGUCCUUGUGUGAAGGCAGCAGAUUGAGAUUCCCUAAAAUGUCCCCAAAGCCUCCUCCUUGUAUCACGGAGUGCCGUGGUUGACUCACCUGUUUAAAGCUGAUUUGUGGCUAAGAAGCAGGGCAGCCAGUGUCUCUCUAUUCAUUGAAACUAACCUGUUAGUUUCAGAAUCAGCUCAGACUCUUUAAGGGUCAGUCUUGCUCUGUCUUUUCCUGUCUCUUACUCUCAACACUGGUAUGUAUGUUUAAAAAAUGGGAGGAUUUUAGAACGACUCUUGUUAAAGGAGUGUGAACUGAUUCAUCAGAGACUAAAUUAACCAGCCAAACACCGGUGUCCUUCACACUGGUGAUUCUCUCCUUACUAGUACCUUCAGUUCAUCCACUUUAAUACCUUUUUGCACAUAUAACACGAUUCAUGGAUUUUUCUGAGAAGGUUAUAUAUAUUUAUUAACAGUUUACUGGUUCCGUUUUGUAUUCUGUGUGUUUUUUUUAAUCUUCCCCUUCUGUAACAGGCUCCAUCUAUGGAGGUUCUGUUAUGGUUUUAUUUUAACCAUUAGAAUUCUUUUAGUUUUGAGAACCUGUAAUUGGUGAGUGGUCUUAAACGGGUUCUUGUUGCCUGACUGUUGGUGUUCUGUACUGACAGGCCACCGAGGGGCCAAAACAUCAGCAUUUCUUACUCAUGAGCAAACUGUUAUGGGUGGAUUUACUGAUCUUUCCUGGACAAUAUGGUUAGUGGGACCCUGUGGAACUCACGUGUUCAUUUCUCUCUCGAUAUCUUCACUACUGGGUGGUACAACCCUCACCUUGUUGUGUAUCUGUUCUAUUUCAAAGCUGUGAAAAUUGUAAUAUAUUAGUGUGAAUGUUUCCAUUUUCACCCAACACAAACUAUAAAUGAGCUGCAAAUCACAGUCUUGAAGCAUUACGGGGUUGUUUUUGUUUCCAAAAUGUUAUUAAAGGCCAAUAAUAUGACGUGCUGGAGCUAUUCAUUACCUAUUCUCAGACUUUCUGUUUUGGUUCCAGUGUUGACUAAGCACAAGUCAUCUGGCAAGUCAUCACUUGUUUGAACGUCCUGGCUAUACAAUAAUUAAAAUAUAACUGGUUCUUCCAAGCUGAUGAAACAGUCAGUGAGAUGAAACUUUCCACUGCAACUGAUAGCAGCAGUGUUAAAGUUGAAUAGAAAUGCGUGUCUGUAGAAAGUUCCAGCACUGAUUUGGCUCAGCAGAUUCACCUUCAAGUGAUCCAGCUCACAAUUAUCAGGACUUGAGAGCUGUACCCACAUCAGCAUGCUCUUUUUUACUAUUAAUAAUGAACCUAUAACAUCUGAGGAGGGCGUAUGACUAAAACCUAAUGAUUUCUCUUAACUCGUUCUGUUGUUGGGCUCCACACUGGUUUUGUUUCACCAGUCUGAGCCCUAUUACAGUUUGUAUCACUGUAUUUGUGCACCACUUUUUUGUACAUGUGUAAAUAAAUGAUCUACUUGUA